CCCACCCGCGCCACUCCCCUGUACCAGCCGAGGCAAAGAGGAGAGGUCGAUGCCGAUGGAGGAGCACGUUGUAGCUCUGCUGUUUCCUCAAAUGGCUUCCACCCACAUAGCUCUCCACUCCGCCGCGACUAGAUCCGGUGCCCGUAAUCGCACUAGCAGUUAGGUAGGUGCCUGAUCGAAGUGGGCUCACGUCCUUGUUUGCCGGAACGAGCUUCUGAUCGGUCUGCGAACGUGUGACUGCCGGAGUGUUCGUUCGUACGUUAUACGAUAAGCAUCAUCAUCAUGGCUGGGAUGCUCCCUGGCGUGGAGUGCGCGCGGCGGCGGCGGAUGUGGCAGGGCGGGGGCACCGGGGCGGAGCAGACGGCCGGGGGCGCGAGGCGGCUCUCCUUCUGCCUCUACGCGGCGGGGCACGGCGCCGCCGCUCAUCACCACCCCGUGGGCGCAGGCAAUUCCGGCAGCAAGAGGAGCGACGCCAUGGAGCUGGUGCACGGCUGGACGCUGGACAGCAAUGCCCGGGAGGCCAAGGAGAGGCUGGACCAGAAGCUCAGGAGCAAGACAGCAGACACCGUCAUCAAGAGGCAUCACAGCACCGGGAGCCUCAAGCUGAGCAGAGCAAACGGAAGCGGCGCCGGCGCCGGAGCCGGAGGGGGCUCGGGCGUCCAGCGGGAGGUGUACUCGAAGAAGGGCGUGAUGAGGCGGCUGAUGCGGUGGAGCCGGCUGCGGUGGGAGGCGGCCGAGCAGGCGGAGUGCGCGGUGUGCCUGGACGAGUUCGCCGCCGGCGACGUCCUGGCGCACCUGCCCUGCGGCCACCGCUUCCACUGGGCCUGCGCGCUGCCCUGGCUCGAGGGCGCCGCCUCCAACUCCUGCCCGUUCUGCCGCGCCGCCGUCGACACCGGCGCAAACGCCGCCUCCUAGCGACACCGCUGGGCCGUUGGUUUCGUGCCGGCCGACGUCGCAGGCUAGGAUGGCCGGC